AUGAAACUUACGGCACCAAUACUUUUAGCUCAAUUGCCCGCUGCUAUAUACGCUGCCUCAUCCUCAGCCGCUGGCGGGUUUGUAGGAUCAGGCGGCAGCGCUUCUUCGAUCCAGGUUACUGCUGAAAACGAUUCAAGCAUGGGAGGCCAAUCAACGGCCAGUUCUGCAGGCCAGGAAUCCAUGAGCUCUGCCAGCGAGCCUACAAUUUCUAUGCAAGCUUCUCAAUCCUCCGAUAUGUCAGGCAUGCAAGGUCCGUCGGCCGUUGCAAGUUCCGCUUCGCAAAACUUCAACUCUUCUGGCCCUCCCACGACACUAAGUUCGGGGUCCGGAUCUUUUAAUUCGUCAUCUAAUAUGACCAGCACCUAUAGUGGCCCUCGAGGGAGCUCUUUGACAGUGAUGGCGUCAGAAUCGGGCUCCUCUGGUGAAUCGGGCUCUGCAUCAGCUGGGUCUCAUUCAUCUUCUACAUCAGCUGGCAGAAACAGUUCCGCAGGAGGAUCGAGCCGUAGCUCGGGGAUUGGCAGCGGUCUAAACAUCCCGGUGACGGCGAUUUUAAGCGCUGUUAUCCUUGCUAUGUUAUGA